CGCUUACUCCGAUGCGUCGCGCAGCGCAGGUGUUGUGCAAGGCUGGCGGCUCCGCCGCCGCUCGCGUCGGGUCCUCCCCCGCGCUCGCCUUCGGCGCGAGACCGCUCGGCGUCGCGUUCGCGCGCGGGAUGGCGCAGGAGACCCGCCCCGGGCUCGCCCCGCCGCCGGCCAAAAACGUCGACCACGAGCACGCGACCGGGCUCGAGCUCAGAGAGCUCCAGGCCGCCGCGGAGGGGAAGGAUUUCUUCGAUCACUACGAUUUUCUCCAGGCGCCGAACGGGACGGAGGAGAAGCCCGUGGAGGUGAAGAGCUCGAUGCCGUAUCGCAUCGUCGGCGCGACGGACCCGGACGACGACUGCAUCGUGCACUGGGGACGCGUCGAGCGCGGGGGGCCGCCGGUCAAGAUCGGCUACGAGUGGUUCGUGCACAAAUCCGUCGAUCACCUGAGUUGACGCGCGGGGGCUCGCGAUCAUCGUGUGACGACACGACCGAGGAGGAGGAGGAGGAGGAGGAGGAGGAGGAGGAGGAGGCGCGGAACGUUUUUUUCCUCGGCUCCUCUUCGAGCGAAGACGAGGCUCGGAUCCCCCGCGAGUAGCGCGGGGUGGAGAGUUGG